AUGACCUGCCUCUUCCCCAGAGCCCUGGGGCCUCUGGCCCUCCUGAUGGUGGUGCUGCUGGUGCAUGGGGAGCUGCAGGCAGAGCCAGGAGGACAGCCCAGUGAAGACAGGACAGCAGUGCAACAGGCCAAAAGAAGGCACAAACGAGAAUGGGUAAAAUUCGCCAAGCCCUGCAGAGAAAGAGAAGACAACUCAAAAAGAAACCCAAUUGCCAAGUAUUCGGCACGUAUUGAGGAAAAUACUUUAAAUUCUGAGUUACUCCGGUUUCAAGUGACAGACUGGGAUGAAGAAUACACGGAUAACUGGCUGGCUGUGUACUUCUUUACCUCUGGAAAUGAGGGGAAUUGGUUUGAAAUUGAAACAGAUCCCAGAACCAAUGAAGGCAUCCUGAAGGUGGUUAAGGCUCUGGAUUAUGAGCAAAUGCAAAGCAUGCAAUUUAGUAUUGCUGUCAGAAACAAAGCUGAGUUCCACCAGUCAGUGAUCUCCCAGUACCAAGUUCGGCCAACUCCAGUCAUAAUCCAAGUCACCAAUGUCCGAGAAGGAAUCUCAUUCCGUCCUCCUUCCAAGACAUUUACUGUGCCAAGGGGAGUAAGCACUAACAAAUUGGCUGGUUAUAUCCUUGGAACAUAUCAAGCUACUGAUGAGGACACUGGUAAAGCUGCCUCCUCUGUCAGAUAUGUCCUGGGUCGUAAUGAUGGUGGUCUGCUUGUGAUUGAUUCAAAAACUGCUGAGAUCAAAUUUGUCAAAAACAUCGACCGAGAUUCUACUUUCAUAGUUAACAAGACAAUCUCAGCUGAGGUUCUGGCCAUAGAUGAAAACACUGGUAAGACAUCUACAGGCACAGUGCUUGUGGAAGUGCCCAGUUUUAGUGAAAACUGUCCAUCAGUUGUCCUCGAGAAGGAAGAGAUCUGCAGCUCCUCACCGUCUGUGCUCGUCUCGGUGAGGACCCUGGAGAGGGGCAGAUACACCGGCCCCUACACAGUGUCUCUGGAGGAGCAGCCCCUGAAACUGCCCGUCAUGUGGAACAUCAGAACGGUGAACGCUACCUCAGCGCGUCUACAAGCCCAACAGCAGGUGUCUCCAGGAGUGUACAGUGUCCCAGUCAUCGUGAAGGACAAUGAGGGCGGGCAGUGUGACACACCAGAGAUCCUGACUCUGACCGUGUGUCAGUGUGAUGACCGGAACCUGUGCAGAUCUCCUAACCCGAGCAGAGAACCCAUUUUAUACAGGGAGUCAUCCUGGGGGCUGGGGCCUGCUGCCAUCGGAUUGAUCCUGCUAGGACUCCUGAUGUUGCUGUUGGCCCCGCUGCUGCUGCUGACCUGUGACUGUGGGGCGGGUCCCAUCGGAGGAGGAGCCGCCACAGGUGGCUUUAUCCCUGUGCCUGAUGGUUCAGAAGGAACGAUCCACCAGUGGGGAAUCGAGGGAGCCCAGCCUGAAGACAAGGAAAUCACAAAUAUUUGUGUGCCUCCUACCACAACCAAUGGAGCAGAUUUUAUGGAAAGUUCUGAAGUUUGUACGAACACAUACGCCGGCGGGACUGUGGCGGAAGGCGCUUCUGGGAUGGAGAUGACGACCAAGCUGGGAGCAGCCACUGGCUCCGGAGGCGCUUCUGGGAUGGAGAUGACGACCAAGCUGGGAGCAGCCACUGGCUCCGGCGCUGCAGCCACGCUCGGCCCCUGCUCCUUGGGUCAUUCAGGGACGAUGAGAACGAGGCACUCCACUGGAGGGACCUUGAAGGACUUUGUCGCUGCACCAGUGAACAUGACUUUCCUAGGUUCCUACUUUUCUCAGAAAUCAUUCGCCUAUGCCGAGGAAGAGGAUGAACGGGAAGUGAAUGACUGUUUGCUGAUCUACGAUGAUGAAGGCGAGGAUGCUGCCCCCUGUUCACUCAGCUCCUGCAGCUUUAUUGCCGAUGACCUGGAUGACAGCUUCUUGGAUUCCCUUGGCCCCAAAUUUAAAAAGCUUGCAGAGAUAUGUCUGGGUAUUGAUGAUGAAGCCAAGCAGGCAAGGCCAGGCCCUAAAGACAGGGCUUCUGGGGCAGACGUCUGUGCUCGCUCUACCGAAGUCCCUCAGUCAGGUUCUCAAAGGUACCAGACUUUGCCUGGCAGUCAAGUUUCUUCUGUUUUGUCCCCUUCCGGGUCUGUCCUCCCUGCCAUUGCCAUCCCUGACCCUCUACAGCUUGGUAACUACUUGCUCACAGAAACUCACGCAACUUCAGGCUCCUUCGUGCAGCCCACCGCUGCCACCUUUGACCCACAUCUCACCCAGAACGUCACGGUAACAGAAAGGGUGAUCUGCCCCCUUCCGAGUGUCUCUGGCAGCCUAGUGGCUCCCACGGAGCUGCGAGGCUCGUACAGUAUGCUCUAUACAAAAGAAACCUGCUCCCAUCUAUGA